UCUCCGACCGAGUACAUUGUUGUAAUCCUCCCAUAUAAUUGCACAACAGUGUAGGCCCAGAAUUAGUUAGUGUCCCAUCCGCAUACACAAUGUCCUCCUGGGAAGAGAUCCAAGCGGUAAAGGUAAAACGUAACACCCUGCGGGAGCGUUUGGUGAAGCGUAAAAAAGAACGCCAGGAUCUGCUCGGCGGAAGCAGCCCCGGACCGAGUGUGGUCGGGUUGAUUAAAACCGAAGCCGGCAACUCCGGUGGCGACGAUAAAAGUAAAAUCCUACUGACUGCGAUUAAAUUGGAACAAGCUUUCGUAGAUGUUGACACGGAGAUCGAGAAAACGCUGGUUCAGGUUCUGGCGGACCGCAGUUUUAUUUUACCAACCAAUUCGUCACAGAUUGGACAGCAGGUUGAAAAGCGCAUUCUGCGCCCAACGUCCAGCGAUUCGAUAUUGUACUAUCUACAGAAGUUGGCCGGUCAGAAUUUGGUCAACAUGAAGGAAGUUAGCAUCGGAGGGGUCGUAGGUUACGAAGUAAUCUCAGCCGAGCAUGGCAGCUUGCAGUCGCUGUACGAGGACUUGCAGCUCAAUCACAACGAACGGGACGGUAGCAUCAAACGGAAGGCAACUAUUAAGGAAGAGAAAGACUGUGAUUCAAAAAUGGCUCGACUAACGUCCGGGUGCUUGGUCAAGGAGGAGGGCGCACUCAAAAAAGCCGGCGAAUCAAGCAUGCUGAGUGAUACUUCGGAUAUUAUGUCGCUGCUUUCGAUGCCUUCCACAAGGGAGAAACAGAGUAAAAAGGUUGGCGAAGAGAUUCUCGAACUGCUUACGAAGCCUACCGCAAAGGAGCGAUCGCUGGCGGAAAAGUUUAAAUCGCAGGGCGGUGCUCAGGUGAUGGAAUUCUGUCCGCAUGGUACCCGGAUCGAGUGUUUACGAUCGUUGGAAGCUGCAAACGAUGCUCACCUGAAGAAAGAGGACGAUGACGACGUUAUUAUCAGUGACGAUAACAACGGAUUUGAGAUUGUGGAAAUCAAAAAAGAACUUGACGAUAAAGAUAAGUUCCAAUGUAAUAAGCUGCACUUUAAGAAAAUUAUUCAAUCGCAUACGGAUGAGUCGCUGGGAGAUUGUAGUUUUUUGAAUACGUGUUUUCAUAUGGAUACUUGCAAGUACGUGCACUAUGAGGUUGAUACGUAUAUAGGACAGAAUACAGGUUCUAAGUUUGAGGGUGAGGGUUCGCUCUCUAAGAGGACAGCCGAUCCUUGCGCUACUCUGUAUCCACCUCAAUGGAUUCAGUGUGACCUUCGUUAUCUCGAUAUGACUGUGCUUGGUAAGUUUGCCGUAGUAAUGGCCGAUCCACCCUGGGAUAUACACAUGGAACUACCCUAUGGAACCAUGUCCGAUGAUGAAAUGCGACAACUAGGGGUGCCGGCUUUGCAAGACGAUGGACUUAUCUUUCUGUGGGUAACGGGCCGUGCGAUGGAAUUGGGUCGUGAAUGUUUGAAACUGUGGGGCUACGAACGGGUUGACGAAUUGAUUUGGGUUAAAACCAACCAGCUGCAACGGAUAAUCCGUACCGGAAGAACGGGGCAUUGGUUGAAUCAUGGCAAGGAACACUGUCUGGUUGGAAUGAAGGGAAACCCGCCGAACCUGAACCGUGGAUUGGAUUGCGACGUUAUUGUGGCUGAAGUGCGAGCGACAAGUCACAAACCGGACGAAAUCUAUGGCAUUAUUGAACGGUUGAGCCCAGGAACGAGGAAGAUCGAACUUUUCGGGAGACCGCAUAACGUUCAACCCAACUGGAUAACUCUCGGAAAUCAACUGGACGGAAUCAGGUUGGUGGAUCCUGAGCUGAUAAGCUCCUUUCAGAAGCGGUAUCCGGACGGAAAUUGCAUGACACCUGGAAAAAAUCCGUAAAUUUGAGUAAAAACGUCCUUUAUGGAGCUACAAAUAAAGCAUUGCCUUGGUAAU